UAUCUCUCCUGCGCGAAGGGCGUCGUAUAAAAUGAAAAUGGUCUGACAAUCACCUUGCCGGUUCUUAUUCCACGCACCCCCUCACCACCACUCCCUCACUCAGAUACGCUUUUUUUUACCAUGAACGUCAUUGUAGUAUCGCUCAUUGCCCCACUCUCACUGGGUGCAAUCAUUUCGCCUACUGUUCUAGUGUCCUCGCCCACUGCGGCGCUAUUUGCGUCCACAGCCAGUGCCCAAUGCCAAGGUGAUUGCCAAAGCAGUGUUGCACCAGGCGGCGGUAUUCUGGCACUUCUCGAUAAGAUCGCCAGCCCUGCUUCCACUCGUCCAGCCAGACUAUAUGGCGUCGAAUCACAAACACCCAUUUCGAUCAUUGAGCUCACCGCACCUGCAAUCGACAUGUUGUAUGGGUUUAUUUCUGCCGAGUCUAGUUCCACUAUCGGCAUGCUUGAUGCCUGGCCCAUCCCAACUGUCUCGCCGAAAGCCAGCAUGUCAGCGGAAUUCAGUAGCGCAUUUGGCGCCAUGGGCUUUGCUGGAUCUGCAGGUGCCUCUUUGGACUCUGCAGAGCCCGCAGAGGUCGACGACAUCGCUACUGUUGGGCUUGACUCUGCGGAAUUUGACCCAAAUCAGCUGGAUUUUCUCGCUACUGAGGAUAGCCUUAACUCGGACUGGGCACAAAAUGACGUUGCGGGGCUGGACCUCAACAGGGCUGCUGCUGAUGACGGCAAUGCCGACGAGGAGACAUUCGAUGUCAAGUUGUGGGGAGACGGUGUCAAGAGAGCUGCCGACGAGUUUGUCGACAAUGUAGGCAGUGCACUCGGGCGGUUCUUCCCAACCCGCGGCACCCCAGCAGCGACAGUUUCACAUGUAGUCCGGAUCGAGCCAGUGGUAACUGACGACCAGUGGAUUUAACAUAUGUUUUAUAAAAGCAGGCUGUUGCACUUUUUGGAAAGCACUAUAAUAAGGUAAAUGAGGUUACAAAAGGCGAAUUGAAUAAACUAG